AUGCGCGGUCUUGCCGGUCUUUUUUUUUUCUUUUCUUUUUUUCCUUUUUCUCAUAUUUCAUUCUUUGACUUUUUUUCCUUUUUUAUUUUUAUUUCUUCUUUCUUUUUUCUCUCUUUGACUUUAUUUUUAUGCAUAUUUUCUUCUUCCAUAAUUUCAUAUCAAUCAUGUUUCCCUAUUUCUUUUAUUUUCUUUCCCGCUCUUCCUUCUUUGUCGCCAUUUUUAUUUUCCCUUUUCUUCACAUUAACCCACCUAUUUGAACGUUUCUUUCUUUCUCUCGUUCUUUCGUUAAAUUUCGCCGACAUCUGUGCGAUUUCAUUCGUCUCCACUGAUCUGUCAUUUCAAACCGGAGCUUUUCAUGAAUUAUGCACCCUCUCUCCUCACUUUCCGCCUCUUGUAUUGUUUCAUCUUUUAAUUAAUGUUGAUCGAACUGCUUUUUCCGAUGUUCUCGUUGUUGUAGUCUCUUCAUUCUUUUAUUUUCUCACAUUGGACAGUUUUCAGUUACCGCUGUUGCUAAACAUGUUUGUUUUUUUUAUUCUUCUCCUGGUUCUUCAGUUCGUUUUCUCUCAGGAUUAA